CCUCCUUGCGUGUCGUGCGCGCACGCUGUCCUACUGGCAGCUGGUGGGUGAGCGGGGGGGCAAUUCUGGCUCUCGCUGGGUGUGUAAGGGAGCAGUCGCCGUCUCGCUUCUUGCUUGUGCUGCUGCUCGCAUCAGUCCAGCUUUGCCUGCCCCACCUGAGCGCCGGUGAUCACUGUUUUCUCAGUAGGACCUACCCGACCCGGCGGUACUUACAGUCCACUUUUCCCGUUGGGACCUUCGUGCACUCUGGAUUACAGAGCUACAACUGGCUGUUUGCCAUUGCUGCAGUGUAAUGUCUAUUAGGAGCUAGCAGCACUGGAAUGAAUCUGCCUCUUGGUGUGUCCUAACCUGUUCAAGAUCCCAGCUGAGCUGAGCUUGCCAGACAGAAGACUUCUGUGUGACAAACAGAUCUCAAGGCCACUUUUAAGGAAGACAGCUCUUCAGAACUCUUUCUGAAAAUGGCAGAAGCUCAUCAAGCAGUAGCUUUUCAAUUUACAGUUACUCCAGAUGGGAUUGACCUGCGAAUGAGCCAUGAGGCACUCAAACAAAUUUACCUAUCUGGUGUCCAUUCAUGGAAGAAAAAGUUCAUCAGAUUCAAGAAUGGAAUUAUCACUGGCGUUUAUCCUGCUAGCCCAUCUAGCUGGCUUAUUGUAGUUGUGGGUGUGAUGUCAACAAUGUAUGCCAAAAUCGAUCCUUCUCUAGGAAUAAUAGCAAAAAUCAACCGAACACUUGAUACAACUGGCUGUAUGUCAAAUCAAACACAGAACAUCGUGAGUGGAAUACUUUUUGGCACAGGGCUUUGGGUUGCCCUUAUUGUCACAAUGCGCUACUCUCUAAAAAUGCUGCUUUCCUAUCAUGGUUGGAUGUUCGCUGAACAUGGCAAACUUUCUGCAGGCACGAGGGUUUGGAUGGCACUUGUAAAACUCUUCUCAGGACGAAAACCAAUGUUAUACAGUUUCCAGACAUCUUUACCACGAUUGCCUGUUCCAGCUGUUAAAGACACGGUCAAUAGGUAUCUAGAAUCUGUUCGGCCACUUAUGGAUGAUGGAGAGUUCAGAAGAAUGGAGGGUCUUGCCAAAGAUUUUGCAUUUAAUUUGGGACCAAGGCUUCAGUGGUAUUUGAAGCUAAAAUCCUGGUGGGCCACAAACUAUGUUAGUGAUUGGUGGGAAGAAUAUGUCUACCUUAGAGGACGUGGGCCAAUUAUGGUUAAUAGCAACUAUUUUGCAAUGGACUUCCUUUAUUUAUCUCCCACAACCCUGCAGGCAGCUAGAGCUGGUAAUGUUAUCCAUGCCAUUCUGCUUUAUCGGAAAAAACUGGACAGACAAGAAAUCAAGCCAAUUCUUCUGAUGGGAUCUACUGUUCCACUCUGCUCAGCUCAGUGGGAACGAAUGUUUAAUACUUCCCGUAUCCCAGGAGAGGAAUCAGAUACUCUUCAGCAUGUGAAAGACAGCAAACACAUAGUUGUGUAUCAUAAGGGCCGUUACUUCAAGGUGUGGCUGUACCAUGAUGGUAGACUGUUGAAACCCCGAGAAAUUGAACAGCAGAUGCAAAGAAUUCUUGAUGAUGAUUCAGAGCCUCAGACUGGUGAAAAGAAACUAGCAGCUCUUACUGCAGGAGAUAGAGUACCAUGGGCUAGAGCUCGACAGGCUUAUUUUAGCCAUGGAAAGAACAAACAGUCCUUAGAUGCUGUUGAAAAAGCAGCAUUUUUUGUGACAUUGGAUGACAUUGAGCAAGGGUACAGAAAAGAAGAUCCAGUGAGGUCGCUGGAUGCAUAUGCAAAAUCCUUAAUACACGGCAGAUGUUAUGACAGAUGGUUUGAUAAAACAUUCACUCUUAUAGUAUUCAAAAAUGGCAGAAUGGGUCUGAAUGCAGAGCACUCUUGGGCAGAUGCUCCUAUUGUUGGACACCUGUGGGAGAAUGUAAUGGCAACUGAGUAUCUUGAACUGGGCUAUUCAGAAGAUGGGCAUUGCAAAGGAGAUACCAAUCAAAAUAUUCCUAUUCCUACCAAACUACAGUGGGAAAUUCCAGAGGAAUGCCAAGAAGUGAUUGAGAGGUCUCUGAGCACUGCCAUAGCUCUGGCAGAUGAUGUGGACUUCCAUUCAUUUUUCUUUGAUGCUUUUGGGAAGGGACUAAUAAAGAAAGCAAAAACCAGCCCUGAUGGCUUUGUGCAACUUGCCCUGCAGCUUGCUCACUAUCGGGACAUGGGAAAAUUUUCUUUAACAUAUGAAGCCUCUAUGACACGCUUGUUCAGAGAAGGCAGGACCGAAACUGUUCGUUCGUGUACUGUUGAAUCAUGUAAUUUUGUUCGAACCAUGGAAGACCCAACUGAAAGUAAUGAAAAUAAGCUUAAGUUAUUUCAGCUCGCUGCUGCCAAACAUCAGCACUUAUAUCGUCUUGCCAUGACUGGUGCUGGCAUUGACCGCCAUCUGUUCUGCCUUUAUGUCGUGUCGAAGUACCUUGCUGUAGAUUCUCCUUUCCUUAAGGAAGUUUUGUCAGAGCCUUGGAGGCUGUCAACGAGUCAGACACCACAGCAACACAUUGAUCUAAAGAAGAACCCUGAGAUGUUAUCCUGUGGUGGAGGAUUUGGACCAGUGGCUGAUGAUGGUUAUGGUGUCUCUUAUAUUAUCUUGGAUGAAGAUUCCAUCCAUUUCCAUGUCUCCAGCAAAAUAUCAUGUUCUGACACGGAUUCUCAUCGUUUUGGAAAAAACAUCCAAAAAGCAAUGGUUGACAUCAUGGGUUUAUUUAAUCUUAGUAAAAACUGUACCAAGUGAUUUGCCUUUUGGUGCCAAGCAGUCUCCUGUUGUUGGGAUGAGAGCUCUUCUGAACAGUGAAUGUGAGAGCAAGGUUUGUCAAAACAGUAGCUGGCAAAGAAACUGUGUCAACAUCAUCUUCAUCACCUAUGAAAACUUUAGAAGUGUAUUAAAUGUUUCAUUAUUUUCUUUUCAAUAGUUUGGAAGAGUUUAUUUCCACAAAGGAUGACUUUAGAAAUCUUGUAUCUUUCUAGGGAUGAAAUACAGUAUAAUUGUAAGAAGUCAUGUAUAUUCUAACUCCUGCGGUUUUCUCUUAAUUUGUAUACACUUGCUCUUUUUUUUUUUUUUUACUUAAAAUUAAUCUACUUGUAUUCCAGAAUCAAAAGAAGAAAACAAAAUGUUUUUAACUCAAAUACUAGAAAAAGUUAGAUUUGCUGUGUAGUAAUAGCAGAAUGUUCUUCAAUGUAUCUGCUGCUUUAUGCAAUGAAUGACAAAACUUGUGGCUGUUUACCUUCAUUGGGUUUUGUUGUGGUUUUUUUUAAAAACUAUAAUUUCUGUAAAACACACACAAAAAAAUCCAUGAUAUAACCCACCUUGACAUACCAAGUUGUAGAAAUCUUUUGUUUUUUUUCAAACAAACAAACAUCAUAUAGUGCUGCAUCAGGUAGUAGAAUGUAGCAGGUAUUAAAAUUAGCAGGUAUCACAUUUUUUCUUACUACUUACAAGCAUGUUUGCUGCACCAAUGAUUUUAUUUCCAUAAAAAUAAACGGAGUGGUGUGCUUGUUCAUGCAAGUGCCUUAAAAAAAAGAUCCUAAACCCAGGAAAAAAGCUGAUGCUGGGAGUAGGUUUUACAUUGUCUUAGUGGCAAAGGAGGUGAAGUAGUAGUAAUGUAGAUGUAGUUUUCAAAUUACAAGUUAAGUUGAUGUGGCAUAAGUAGAUUUAAAUGUUGCCAUAUGGUAGUUAGGUGUAAAGCUAUAAUUAAAUGCUCCCAUCUUAAAAAGCGAAUAUCAGUCCCUAUGAAAUGCAGGAGUAAUUUUGUUUCACGGAGUCACAGAAUGUUAGGAAUUUGAAGGGACAUCAAAAUCUAGUCCAAUCCCCCUGCCAUAGCAGGAACACCUAGAUCAGGUUAGUCAGGAAUGUGUCCAGUCGGGUUUUGAAUAUCCCCAGAGGAGGAGACUCUACAACCUCCCUGGGCAGCCUUUUCCAGUGUUCUGUUACCCUCACUGUGAAGAAGUUUCUUCUUGUAUUUAGGUAGAACCUCCUAUGUCCCUGUUUGCACCCACUGCCCCUUGUCUUAUCACUGGUUGUCAGUGAGAAGAGCCUGGCUCCAUCCUUGUGACACUCACCCUUCACAUAUUUACAAACAUUAAUGAGGUCACCCCUCAGUCUCCUCUUUGCGAAUCUAAACAGAGGCAGCUCCCUCGGCCUUUCCUCAAAAGGGAGAUGCUUCACUCCCUUAAUCGUUUCUGUAGUUCUGUGCUGGACUCUCUCAAGCAGUUCCCUGUCCUUCUUGAACUGAGGGGCCCAGAACUGGACACAAUAUUCCAGAUGCGAUCUCACCAGCGCAGAAGAGAGGGGGAGGAGAACCUCUCUUGACCUACUAAUUGACCUUCUAAUACACCUCAGGAUGCCAUUGGCCUUCUUGGCCACAAGGACACAGUGCUGGCUCCUGGUCAUCCCGCUGUCCACCAGGACCCCAGGUCCUUUUCCCCUACACUGCUUUCCAACAGGUCAUUCCCCAUCUUAUACUGGAUCCUGGGGUUGUUUCUACCCAGAUGCAAUACUUUACACUUUCCCUUGUUAUAUUUCAUUAAUUUUUUCCCUGUCCAAAUCUCCAGCCUGUCUACGUUGCUGGAUGGCAGCACAGCCAUCUCGUGUGUCAGCCACUCCUCCCAGUUUGGUGUCAUCAGCAAACUUCCUGACAGUGCACUCUAUUCUCUCAUCAUGGAUGAGUGUAUUGAAUAGGACUGCUCCCAGUACUGACUCUUGAGGGACUCCACUAGAUACAGGCCUACAACUAGACGCUGCCCUGUUGACCACAACUCUCUGGCUACUUUCCUUCAGCGAGUUCACAGUCCACCUCACUACCUGAUAGUCCAGUUUAGUUGUGAGGAUGCUGUGGGAGACAGUGUCAGAUGCUUUACUGAAAUCAAGAUAGACACAUCUGCUGUUCUGCCAUCAUCUGUCCGCCUGGUUAUGUCUUCAUAAAAGGCUAUGAGGUUAGUUAUGCAUGACUUCCCCUUGGUGAAGCCAUGUUGAUUGUCCCUAAUGACCCUCUUAUCCUUGAUAUGCCUUGAGAUGGUGCCAAGGAUAAGUUGUUCUGUGACUUUUCUGGGGAUGGAGGUGAGGCUGACCAGCCUUUAGUUACCCGGGACCUCCUUCUUGCCCUUUUUGAAGACUGGAGUGACAUUUGCUUUCCUCCAGUCCUCAGCCACAUCUCUGUUUCCCACAACUUAGCAAAGACAAGGGAGAGUGGCCUAGCAAUGACUUCAGCCAGCUCCCUCAGCACCUGUGGGUGCAUCCCAUCAGGACCCAUGGAUUUAUGGAUGUCCAGGUUGCUUAAUUAGUCCCUUAACCCAGCCCUCAUCAACUGAGGCGAACUCCUCCAUUGUCCCAAAUUCCUCUGGGGCCUCAGGGGUAUAGGGCUCCUCAAGACAGCCUCCAGCAGUGUAGACAGUGACAAAGAAGGCAUUCAAUAACUCUACCUUCUCUGUAUCUUCUGUCAUUAGGGCACCCACCUCAUUCAUCAGUGGGUCUGCAUCGCCUGUAGUGUUAGUUUUAACUGCCAUGUAUUUGAAGAAGCUCUUUCUGUUGUCCUUGACCCCUCUCGCAAGUUUUAAUUCUAAGGAGGCCUUAGCUUUCCUAGUUGCCUCCCUACAUACUCUGACAACAGACUUAUAUUCUUCCCAAGUGGCCAGCCCCUCCUUCCAUGAUCUGUAAACUCUUCUCUUCCAUUUGAGUUUGCCCAGCAGUUCCAUGUUUAACCAAACAGGUCUCUGGGCUCCCUUCCUUGACUUCCUACAUGCUGGGAUGCUCUGAUCUUGAGCUUGGAAGAAGCAGUCCCUGAAUGCUAACCCCUUGUCUUGGGCCCCUUUACAUUGCCAUCCCUGACCACAUUCCAGUCACGUGAGCUGUCGCACCGUGUCUCUGUAAUUGCCACUAGUUCUCCUAACUGAACACAGGUUUCUAACUCCUCCUGCUUAUUCCCCAUGCUGUGUGCAUUGGUGUAUGGGCAUUUCAGGGAGCAAGAGUGCUGCCCCACAGCACCACCCCAUCCCCCUUCAAAUCUAGUGUAAAGCUCUGAAAUGAGCCUUGCUAAUUCCUGUUCCAACAUCCUUUUGCCCCUGUGAGAUAAACCCUUCCCAUGUAUAACUGUCUCGACCGGUAUCUUAGAAAACCAGCUGUUGUCAAAGAACCCAAAGCCCUGCCUGUAGUGCCAGUUUUGUAGCCAAUCAUUUAUGGACUGAAUUAUUCUACUCCAUCCCAUGUUGUCACCCAAAAAUGGAAGGAGGGAAAAGAAAAUAACUUGUGCCAUACUCUUUCGCCAACUGUCCCAAGGCCCUGAAGUCUUUCUUCAUUCCCCUCAGACUACAAGGUGCAGCUUCCUCCCCACCUGUCUGGAAGAUCAUCAGUUGGUAGUAGUCUGUUGAGUGCACCAGGCUGGGGAGUGCCCUGGUGAUAUCCCUUAUCUGGGCUCCAGGUAAACUACACAUUUCCCUAUGAUGAGAGUCAGCUCUGCAUAUUGGGCCCUCUGUCCCUCUCAGAAGUGAAUCGCCUACUACAAUUGCCCUUCUUUCUUAUUGGAGGCAGUCUUGAGGUGUGGAGUCAACUGCCUCUUCCUAUAUAACCUCACAGGUGGACCUUCAACCACAUCCUCACCUACCUCUUCUUCAAGAUCCAGGGCUGCAAACCUGUUACAGAGGGGCACCUGGGGAAGCAAAGCAGGUAGGGAGGGGGGUUACCUGUGACACCAAACUAGAACUUGCUUCAAACCCUCCUCAUCUUUUUGGUCCCCCACCUCUGCUUGACAGAGCGGGGGUCUAUCACCUUUUAGGGGUAUCUCCCUGGGGUCUUUCUGGUUGUCACGCCAGGAAGUUACUCCACCAGUCAAUCUCCUUCUCACAGUCCUUGAUGGUCCUCAGUCUCUCAACAUCCUCCUGAAGUUUCACCAUCAUGCCGAGCAGAUGUUCCACCUGUUCACACCUGCAGGUGGAAUGCCUGUCUCCCUCCCCUGGCAGGCUCUGGCACUCCCUGCAGCCUAGGUGUUAAAACACCCAUGCAUGUUGUUUGAGGUGGGAAACCACAAAGAUCCAAGAUAUAUACUUAAGUAAAUGCAUGCUUACAUAAAUGUAGGAACCCUCACAAGACUUGGCCAGAGCCACUCGUUCUUUGAUUAGGUACGGUGUGUGGGAAAGGACACUUUGAAAUAAGCCUUCCUGUGGCAGGCAGGCAUGGCAUUGAUCAAAUUACUGCAAUGAUUUUAUAGUGAUCUGUUCUUCUGGAGCUGCAGAAAUAAUGCACUGGUUUUUGUUUGUUUGCUUUGUUUUUUAAUUGACCACUGACCAAUCUCUGCUUGAAUUAACAUUACCUUGUAGGAUUUUCUUUAAGAAACCUUAAGUUUAGAUUUGACUCUCAGGAUUUAGAUGUUUCAAGUCUAAUUGUACUUAGUGCAGUUAUCAAUGCAAUUUACAUUCUUGGAGAGUAUAAUUGGCACAGAAAGCUGUUCUUUAUUGUAAAUGUUUUAAAAAUUUUGUGGUGUUAAAUGUAUUUUUUUUUUAAUUUGGGAUAGGUUAUAAUUCCUAAACAGACAAGAUUUUCUUUAAAAUGUCAGCAAUAUGUAAAUAAAUUCAUAUGCUUUUUGGAUGUAAAUCUUAACCUAUAUUUGCUGUGGAUUUUUAUUAAUAAAUAGUUAAUAUAAA